CCUGUUCCUUAACGGCAGCCCCAAGAAUGGAAAGGGAUGAUGAUGUUUUGUUUGUGUGUGAAGGAGAACCAUUUAUUGAUCCUCAGACAGAUUCUAAAGUACCUGAAGGGUUGUUAGGAUCUCACACAGACUGGCUAACAUUAAAUGUUGGAGGGCGGUACUUUACAACCACACGGAGCACUUUAGUGAAUAAAGAACCUGACAGUAUGCUGGCCCACAUGUUUAAGGACAAAGGUGUCUGGGGAAAUAAACAAGAUCAUAGAGGAGCUUUCUUAAUUGACCGAAGUCCUGAAUACUUUGAACCCAUUUUGAACUACUUGCGUCAUGGACAGCUCAUUGUAAAUGAUGGGAUUAAUUUAUUGGGUGUGUUAGAAGAAGCAAGAUUUUUUGGUAUUGACUCAUUGAUUGAACACCUAGAAGUGGCAAUAAAGAAUUCUCAACCACCAGAGGAUCAUUCACCAAUAUCUCGAAAGGAAUUUGUCCGAUUUCUGCUAGCCACUCCAACCAAAUCAGAAUUGCAUUGCCAGGGUUUAAACUUCAGUGGUGCUGAUCUUUCUCGUUUGGACCUUCGAUACAUUAACUUCAAAAUGGCCAAUUUAAGCCAUUGCAAUCUUGCCCACGCUAAUCUCUGCUGUGCAAAUCUUGAACGAGCUGAUCUCUCUGGAUCAGUGCUUGACUGUGCAAAUCUCCAGGGAGUCAAGAUGCUCUGUUCUAAUGCAGAAGGAGCAUCCCUGAAACUGUGUAAUUUUGAAGAUCCUUCUGGUCUUAAAGCCAAUUUAGAAGGUGCUAAUCUGAAAGGUGUGGAUAUGGAAGGAAGUCAAAUGACAGGAAUUAACCUGAGAGUUGCUACCUUAAAAAAUGCAAAGUUGAAGAACUGUAACCUCAGAGGAGCAACUCUGGCAGGAACUGAUUUGGAGAAUUGCGACCUGUCUGGGUGUGACCUUCAAGAAGCCAACCUUAGGGGUUCCAACGUGAAGGGCGCCAUCUUUGAAGAGAUGCUGACACCACUACAUAUGUCACAGAGUGUCAGAUGAGAAUCCUAGGACUGGAGGAAGAUGCCGAAGACGAAAAAUGUUUUCUGUGUCACUUUUCUUUCUCCAUCCACUCAGUUGUCUAGAAGAAGUAACACUGUAAGGAAAUUUUUUAAAAAACACAAAACAUUUAGAGGAUUAUGCUUGUUCUCAGA